GCAAAUUAUGACAUAAAAUCUGAAUUGGCCAAUACAGAAGGAUCCAAUGGUUAUGAGUUCGAUUCUUGAGGUGAGCAUAUAUUUUUUUUUUUGUCUUUUUGGUAAGCAGUAACCUUCUUCUUUCUUUUUGGAAGCUAGUUAUUAACUAAUUCGAUUAUUGUCAUUAUGAUUUGUAGUGAACUUAAUGUGAAAAAGUUUUGAGUUUUAACAAUAAUAAUAAUAUGUUUUUUAAAAUAAUUUUUAUCACUAGUUUUUCCUCUUUUUCUGUAACAUAUUAAGAAAAUUCCAGCCCCGUUGAUUAAAUCCUGGCUCCGCCCCUGGCUGAACCAUUAUUGAACCAUGGUUUCAGCUGAUAUUAUUAUUUCUGAGUAACUUUUUAGGAAAAAUAUUAAUUUGGAGAGUAAUUAUAAAUUACUUAACAAGUUAAAGAAUUUUGCCAUUUUGGUGACUAUUUUGUACAUUUGUAAAAUUUGGAGAACUGAACUUAAAAUUUGCAAAAGAAUAACUGAAUCGGAUUCUAAUUCUACCGUUCGCGCUUAACAGUUUAGUUGCUACGAAUGAAGCAUAUGGAAAAGAAAUUAGCGCGCCAAUCCAAAAAAAUCACCACCCUGCAACAAUUUUUUUUAUAGCACCCGGUUGUGAUGGCAUCAAUCGAUCUUGCCGCCAUAAUCGACGAAUGCGGGAGCUUCCUCUCAAGAUGCAUCACGGCCAGGAACCAGAAGCUGGGGGCGGCAAUUCACUCAAACCUCCUCAAAAGGGCGCUCAACUUCAACCCUUUCAUCGUCAACCGUUUGAUCGACAUGUACGCCAAAUGCAGCUCCAUCGAGUCAGCCGAGAAGGCCUUCGAGGAUCUUCCAUUCAAGAACGCUCGUUCGUGGAACACCAUCGUCUCCGCAUGCUGGAAAAUGGGUAUGGUCGAGACAGCCCGCAACUUGUUCGAUCAAAUGCCCGAACCAAACCUGGUCAGCUAUAACUCGUUGAUUUCGGGUCUUUCACGUCGUGGGUAUUAUGUGGAGGCGUUGAGUGUGUUCCGGGAAUUGCAGGAAGAUUGCGUUGGUGGGUUUUGUUUGGAUGAGUAUACUGUUGUCAGUGCGGUGAGUUGUUGUGGGUGCUUGGGUGGGUUGGGAUUGGUUCGUCAAUUGCAUACGGUGGCUUUGGUUGUUGGUUUGGGAGUGAAUGAGAUUGUUUCCAAUGUUCUGAUUGAUGGGUAUGGGAAGUGUGGGGAACCCGAGACCAGUUAUCGUAUAUUUAGCAGAAAGAAUGAGAGGGAUGUUGUGUCAUGGACUUCGAUGGUGGCUGCAUAUGCUCGAUCGUCCAGACUGGAUGAUGCGAUGAGCCUUUUUGAGCAGAUGCCUGACAGGAAUACUGUUGCUUGGACUAGCUUGAUGGCUGGUUUUGCACAAAAUGGCCAGAACUACAGUACAUUGGAACUAUUUAAGCAAAUGCUGGAGGAAGGGGUGGUGCCAAAUGCUUUUACUUUUGUUACUCUUUUGGGCACAUGUGCAGAUUUAGCACUUCUGGAAGGAGGCAAACAGAUUCAUGGGCACUUAUUUAAGUUUUGCAACCGAGAACAUUUUGGUAGCAUGUAUGUAAACAACGCGUUAAUGGACAUGUACUGCAAAUGUGGAGAUAUGGGAUCUUCUAAGUCUUUGUUUGAAGGAAUGAUUGAGAAGGAUGUUGUGUCCUGGAACUCAAUGAUUACAGGUUUUGCACAAAAUGGACUUGCAGAUGAAUCACUCAGUGUUUUCAGAGAGAUGGUUCAGGGCAAGGCAAGGCCUAAUCAUGUUACAUUUCUCGGAGUGUUAUCAGCUUGUAGUCAUACAGGAUCACUCGCUGAAGCCCUUCAGAUUCUGGAACAGAUGGAGAAGGAUUAUGGUAUUAGCCCAAGAUCGGAACACUAUGCAGUCUUGAUUGAUUUAUUAGGUAGGAAAAACAGACUGAGUGAAGCAAUUGAAUUAAUUGGAAAAUCACCUGGUCUGACAAACCAUGUGGGGAUGUGGGGUGCUCUAUUAGGUGCUUGCCGGAUCCAUCCCAAUGUUGAUCUUGCCAUGAAAGCUGCAGAAACUCUGUUUCGGUUGGAACCGAGUAAUGCUGCACGAUAUGUCAUGUUAAAUAAUAUUUAUAUAGCAGCUAAUAAAUGGAGUGAUGCUUGUAGAGUAAGGAGGGCGGCAGAGGAAAAAGGUAUAGUGAAAGAUGUAGCUUAUAGUUGGAUUGAGGUGAGGAAUGAGAGGCAUGAGUUUGUGGCCAAGGAUAAAGCUCACAAUCAGAGAGGAGAAAUAUAUCAAGUGAUUUCUCAACUUCUUGAUCAUAUGAUGGGAGCUGGAUACCGUCAUUGUACAAGUGACUGUUAUUUUGUAGGAGGAGAUGAUGCUGUAGUUUUGUAGGCUGUCUCUUCUCUAUCCGCAGAAGAAAUACGGUGGAUGACAUUCAUGCUAUGCAGCCAGCUCAGCCAAUCUGGACUCAUGAACAGGUUGAUAUAACACAUCUUGAACCACCCUUCCUGACUCCUGUAUCCAGUUAUGCUUUUGUUUGCAGCAAUUUUGAGUAGUACUUAUGAACUUUUUCAUGCGAUACAGGAGGAGCUUGUUUUUUGACAUGUUCAGUUUUCCUUCCAGGAAGAAAACUUGCAAUCUACCUCUUAUCAUUGCAAAAUUUAGAUGGUUAAUAUCGGUGCAUUGGAUGAGAAAAGGGAAGUUGCUAGGAAUAUUGGAAAUCGUCAAUAUCAUGCCUCUUUUCUGAAGGUGCAUGAGCUGAAGUAUUUGUGUCUCCAUUGGUGAUCCCUCUGAUGUUUGUGUAUCUUUGACUAUGGAGGUAAUGAUGGUAUCUUUCUGACCCUUAUUUCAGGUAUUUGCUCAAAUUAUAGUGCUUAAGAGCUACAUCAGCAGCUACAGUGGCCUCAUUGUCAUUCUUCUUUUUCGUUUUUUAGCAAUAGUUCUUCUUCUUGAUACUCGUUCUAUUCACAAUUGUUCAUGCUACUGUUGCUCUUUAUGAAUCUCCAGAAUAGAUAUCUGAAGCAUAGAUUUCUGGCACUGCAGAUGUGGUUCUACAGAAACAAGUUAAAUUGACCACUUAUACAAAGUCAGAUCAUGGAAGGCUUCUAAACCCUGAUUGAGGUGCAUUUCUGUGCUGAGAAUAGCUUGUUUCAGAAUCUUGGUGAACCACUAUGUCUCCAUGAUUUUAACAGUGGCCAAUUCAAGUCUUGUGGGCGUUCAGAAUGCAGAGAGUAUCCACAGUUUUAAGAACUUCAUGCAGUUUUGCACUACAAGGUCUGCUGCUCAUGCUACUUUGCAACAAAGCUUUAAAACUCAAGGUACAUACUCUACAUCUUGGCUGAUUACAUUAAAAUCAUCUCUAAUUUCUACCCCAACUCUAUGUGUUCCUUCUUCAUCAUCAUGUUGAAUGUUUCCCUAUUGACUGAAUGAAAUCUAAAAUGCCUUUCAAGUGACACUGAUGGAUGAUUAUACGUAAACGGAAAUAACUACGACGAGAGCAUCCUGGGCCGUACACCUAGAACCUUAGGAGGUCCUUUUCCUCGAGCUUUGUUGAUUCCAAAGUAGGCAAUCAAAGUCAACAGUGGGGCUAUACCUCUCGAUUUGAAAGACCUUUUAAACCACAUAAAAGAUCAGCUCUCCAGCCUAUCUUGCUUUCUAACUAAAACUUGUUGACAAUUCUCUGGUUCUACUUUUAGCACACGGCAAAGGUUAGGAAUUCCAGCAAAAUGAUCCAAACUUUCUACCUUGAAAAUAUACCCGUGAUCUUUUGUGUCAAGUGCAUGCUGUGCUGAGCCAAAGUUGCUAAUUACUAUGGCCCCGUUUUGACAAUACCUUGGUUAGGCUAAUGGGUAUAUUAGUAUAUUUGGCAAGGUAAAUGGAUGUGUUAGGUAUAUAUGAAGGUUGUCAAAGCGGUUUCUACUGUUAUGCCGUGGUACAACCAGUUUAUAUGCCAGUUUUAAGUUUUAACAAAGUAUAGGACAAAGU